CCUGCGGUUCCGGGUUACAAAGUCUCUGUCCACCCGCCGGACUCUCUUCUUCCCAGACCCCCGGGAUGCGGGUCGUGGAGCGAAGAACCCUUGUCCUGCUGUUCCUGAUUACACUGCUCCUCACUGAGACCCGGGCGGGCUCCCACUCCCUGAGGUAUUUCUACACCGCCGUGUCCCGGCCCGGCCUCGGGGAGCCCCGCUUCAUCGCCGUCGGCUACGUGGACGACACGCAGUUCGUGCGGUUCGACAGCAACGCCCCGGAUCCGAGGAUGGAACCGCGGGCGCGGUGGGUGGAGCAGGAGGGGCCGGAGUAUUGGGAUCGAAACACGAGAAUCUACAAGCACGCCGCACAGACUUUCCAACUGAACCUGAAUACCCUGCGCGGCUACUACAACCAGAGCGAGGCCGGGUCUCACACCCUCCAGGAGAUGUACGGCUGCGAAGUGGGGCCAGACGGGCGUCUCCUCCGCGGGUACAGGCAGUACGGCUACGACGGCAGAGAUUACAUCGCCCUGAACGAGGACCUGCGCUCCUGGACCGCGGCGGACACGGCGGCUCAGAUCACCAAGCGCAAUGCUGAGGCGGCAGGUGAUGCGGCGCGUGUGAGGAUCUACCUGGAGGGCGAGUGCGUGGAGUGGCUCCGCAGAUACCUAGAGACGGGAAAGGACACGCUGCAGCGCGCAGACCCUCCAGAGACACAUGUGGCCCAUCACCCCAUCUCUGAGCAUGAGGUCACCCUGAGGUGCUGGGCCCUGGGCUUCUACCCUGAGGAGAUCUCACUGACCUGGCAGCGUGAUGGGGAGGACCAGACUCAGAACAUGGAGCUUGUGGAGACCAGGCCUUCAGGGGAUGGAACCUUCCAGAAGUGGGCGGCCCUGGUGGUGCCUUCUGGAGAGGAGCAGAGAUACACGUGCCGUGUGCAGCACGAGGGGCUUCAGAAGCCCCUCACCCUGAGAUGGGAACCUCCUCAGACCCCCUUCCUCAUCAUGGGCAUCAUUGUUGGCCUGGUUCUCCUUGUGGUGGCUGUGGUGGCUGGAGCUGUGAUCUGGAGGAAGAAGCGCUCAGGUAGGGAAAGGAGGGAGGGAUCUGAGUUUUCUUGUCUCACUGGGCAGGUUUCUGGCCCAGGUGGAUGUUUGCCUGCCUCGUUACUGGAAAGUACCCUCCACACAAUUGUGGAGUCUGACCUGAUGCUAAGACUGACCCUUUUGUAAAGUACAUGUGAAAAUCAAAGACAAAUUUUUCAUCUUCAUAAUUCCAGCUGGGGGCCUGUUUCUCAGGAUUUGAAGGUCAGGAGGGAAUGUCCCUGCUGAGGACAGACCUCCAGGAAGGCAGGUGGUCCAGUCCCCCCACGUCUCCUUCCUUCAUGUUCCUGAGCCUGUCCUGGAUUUUUGGUCACAGUUCUGAAAAGUU